CACACUGCGGCACCGUGAAGAACCAUUAUGGCACCGCUCGCUGCUCCGCGUGCGCGCCGAUGAUGAUGAUGACGAUGGUGUGGGAUGAGGCGGCAUCAUGGCAUCUUCAGGCUACCGGAGCAUCCAGGACGCAGGCGUCACAGAGAACGACCGACUGCUCUCCUCCGUGACCCACUAUGGAUCCCAGGACCUCCUUGGCAGUGGGGGUCCUUCCGACUUCCAGCAGCAGGAGGAGAAGGAGGAGGAGGAGGCCCUGCGGAGGAAACUCAAGUACUUCUUCAUGAGCCCCUGUGACAAGUAUCAUGCGAAGGGGCGGAAGCCAUUCAAACUGGGCCUGCAGCUGCUGAAGAUCAUCAUAGUGACGGUGCAGUUGGUGCUGUUUGGCCUCAGCAACCAGAUGGUGGUGACCUUCAAGGAGGAGAACACGGCGGCGUUCAAGCACCUUUUCCUUAAAGGUUACCAUGACGACGCCCGGCAGGCGCUGCACACGCAGGCGGAGCUGUACGACCACAUCCAGUUUGCCCUAGAGCAGUACCUGGCUCUGCCUCGGACCUCGCUGGGCCGCUACGCCUACGUGCUCGGCGCCGGCGUCAACGGCAGCGCGCUCUCGCUCUGCCAGAGGUUCUACAGGAAGGGCAUCAUCGACCCGGUCAACGACACCUUCGACAUCGACCCGUACGUGGCCACAGACUGCGUCGGACUGAACCCGACUGCUGCAGGAGACGGGUCCUUCCAGAACCUGACCAUCCAGUUUGACAAGCUCAUUAACGUGACCAUUGACUUCCAGCUGAAGGCCAUCAACAUUCAGACCAUCAUCAACAACGAAAUCCCCGACUGCUACACCUUCGCCAUCACGAUCCUCAUGGACAACAGAGCUCACAGCGGCCAAGUGAAGGUCAGCCUCAACAACCAGGCUUCCAUCAAGGAGUGUAAGGACCCCAACGUGUCCGGACACGCGGACAGCUAUGCUCGGGAGUGCUUUGACGUGCUGGUGGCCGUCGUCUGCCUGCUGUCUCUGCUGCUGUGUGGCCGCUCCAUCCUCAGAGGCGUCGUCCUGCAACACGAGUAUGUGGAGUUCUUCAAACACAGACUGGGCCGCUGCGUGAGCUGGGGAGACCGAACCGAGUUCAUCAACGGGUGGUACAUCCUGCUGAUCGUCAGCGAUGCCUUCACCAUCAUCGGCAGCUUCAUCAAGAUCGGGAUCGAGUCCAAGAACCUGUCCUCGUAUGAUGUGUGCAGCAUCCUGCUGGGAACCUCCACCCUGCUGGUGUGGGUCGGGGUCAUCCGCUACCUCAGCUUCUUUCAGAAAUACAACAUCCUAAUCGUGACUCUCAGAGCAGCGUUUCCCAACGUCAUCCGCUUCAGCUGCUGCGCCGCUGCCAUUUAUCUGGGAUACUGCUUCUGUGGGUGGAUCGUGCUGGGACCCUACCACACCAAGUUUCGCUCCCUGUCCAUGGUGUCCGAGUGCCUGUUCUCUCUGAUCAACGGCGACGACAUGUUCGUGACGUUUGCUGAGAUGGAGCGGAGCGGAGCGCUGGUGUGGAUCUUCAGCCAGAUCUACCUGUACACCUUCAUCUCCCUCUUCAUCUACAUGGUGCUGUCCCUCUUCAUCGCCCUCAUCACCGGCGCCUACGACGCCAUCAUGGCCCAGACACACGAGCAGGUCCGCGUCUCCGACGUGCACGCAUUCAUAGCGCAGUGCACGGACACGCCCAGCUCCGGCAAGUUCCGCGGGCCCGAGGGCUCGUCCUGCUCCUUCCUCUGCUGCUGUGAAUGGUGAGGAGGAGGGCGCUGUCCCGGAACCAGCCCACAACCUGCCAUAUGAAUCCCUUAUGGUCUCUGCCCCAGAUGUCACUGGGCCGUGAUGAUCAGCAUAAGGCCAGUAAACAUCCUCUGCCCUGAAACUGCUCCAUCACACGCUGCCAGCGAUCCACUAUGUGCAGGCCACCAUCAGUACAAGCAGCAGGUUUACUAUAAGUUGGGUCUGAACAGAACUGCAGGGAGCGGAAUCCUCCUCCAAAUGAGUUUUAGCAGUUUAAUGGUCAGUUGUGUAAAUAUUAAACGAUCAAUACAUGAAUAUUUAUUUUACAGGUGGCAUUAGAACCAGUCGUUGUGGAGGCAGAGGAUUCAUUACAUCAUAAACUGUCUGUUUAGACAUUUUAUAUUUAAACACAAAUGCUCCUGCGCGUCUUUGUAUUUACUCACUACAGCCUCGCUAGAAUACGGUGAAACGGAUUCAUCAGCAUCAUCACUAAAACCUUGUUUCUAAUAGUUACUGUGUUUUGUCGUUGUGGGAAAAGUAAAAGGUGAAUAGUGAAUUUAUUUUAUUUAUGUAACUGAGGGCAUCUCUACAAACCAGCCGUGAGGUCAUGUGACGGGAGCCGUGAGGUCAUGUGACGGGAGCGCUUGCUGAGCGUUAGCUAAUUACUUCUGGUGUUGACUUACAGCUUCUGUGCAGCUUCCUUUGAUCUCACUCCCACCGACCACUGCGUAUUUUCUCUCCUGACACGUGUCAGGCCAGUGUCUGGAAGUUGGUUUUAUUUGAUUUGUUUUUAUGUAUUUAUGUGCUAUUUAAUUGUUUUACCUCAUUGAUUGAAGGGACUUUCUUUGUCUGUUGGUUCACUUGUAGGUUUUUAGCCUUAUUUGUGCUGAAUGUUUUCUGUAGAUCUGCCGCCAUCUCAAUAAAAGUAGUUAUCAUCGAAA